UCAGAUGUUUUCUGGCCGGUGCUUCAUCAUUUCCAGAGACACGUUUUGUCUGUGGAAAUAUAAUACUCAAUCAUAAACUGCUGACACUCGUGGUUGAUUAAAAAAAUAGUGAACAGUGUCUCCUCAGUAAGUGAGAAUUCGAUUUCCCGAAAAACUCCAGAAGACCUUGAAGAUCGUGGAGAUUAUCCGCUGCAUCGACGUUGACAUCAGUUCCUAGAACGAUGACAACAUCUCUUUAACAAGAAUCUGAUAACGCUUCGAGGAAAGAAUUGACCGUUGGAAAAAAUUCAGGAAAACCGCAAAAAUGUCUCUGAAAGUAUCACUACCUGUAUUUCUUUUAAUAUCACUGUCCUCUGAAAGUCUCGGGGGACCAACUACUCCCAAGGUACCCUCGAUCCUGGAAAUCAUUCGCGCAGAGGUGAAUAACAACAGUUCUAACCAUCUCUGCUUAACCCCAGAGGAAAUCAUCAACUCGAAGUACCUGGAGGAAUGUGAGAAAUUCCCUUUUCCCCAAAAGGACGCGAAAUUAGAAUCGAAUUACGAUGCCUUCCUGUGCCUUGCCUUCUUCGACAGGGCGUUCCACAUUUGUCACGCUGCAGCCCGACGUCUGGAGAUUCCAGUGCUAAUGAAUAAAUCGCAUUUCGAUAAUAUUAUCAGCGAAAAAAUUGAGAAGAAAAUCGAUCCAUUGGAAUUAUGCAUGAUCCUCGAGAAUAUCCAGCCAAUAUUCCUGGAGAAAACAAGAUCCUUCGUCCAGGUCCUGACGACAGAGCUGAAGGAUCCCGUGGGCUGCACAAAGAUUUGUUCGAAAGGUGCAAAGAAAAUAAAUCCUCUCUGUCUGGUGAUUCAGGUUAUCGAUCAGCAAAUUCAGGCGGCGGAUGCUGCGAAGAAAAUUAAAGAUAAGGAGGCGGAAAAAGAGAAGGUGAAAGUGAAGGCAGUGGUGAAGCCUGAUGCAGCACCUCCUUCUACCAAUGCUGCACCUGAAAUUUCCCAAGCUGUGGCUGUGGCCUCUGAUGUUCAGGGAAAUUCUCAGGCUGGCAAAUCAGGGCAGACCACCAGCACUGGCAAGGUCCCUCCUGAGGAGAAUCCUCAGAAGCCAGUGGUUCCAAAAAAUUCCCAGAAAGAGGAAGUGACCAAGGGGAAACCUGCCCCUUCCACUGAGAAGAAUAAGACGAAAGAGAGUAACAAACCUGGGGAUGACGAUUCUGCGACCCAGGCCCUGCCUCCCCCUGUCGCUGCUCCCAAGGACAAAGAGCCAAUGAAAAAUAAUGAAAAAGUUCAGGGCAGUUCUCCAGGACAGGGGCAGGUGGAAAAAUCCACUCUGUCCGCGAAUACUGGAGGGGAAGAGGAGAUUCAGUUCGGCGAGGCUGAAGUAUCUGAUGAAGCUGGAAUGGGACUGGCACCGGCUGCGAUGGAUUAUAAAGAGGAUGGUGAACAGAUAUCUCCCCCUCGGAGCCCUGGAACUGGUCAAGACACUGCGUCAGGGAAUUUUAAACAGCCUGAAAAUAUUCCUAAGCUCAGCGUAACAACUGAUGACGAUUCGCAUUUCUUCGGGUAUUUCACGCUGUUCGGGCUCUUUGGAUUCGGUUUAUUUGCGGCUUACCACCACAAGCACAAGAUUUUUGCGAUGCUCCUGGAGGGCAGGAGGUCCAGAGGGGGACGUGGCAGGAGGAGACCAAGUACAGCUAACUACAGAAAACUAGACUGCACAUUGGAAGAGGCUGUCACUUCCCAGUGCAGUUCGAACGUCACUCACGUUAUUUAUUGAAGUUUUUUUUAAGAAGAAAUUGAUCUGGGAUUCAAGAGUUCAAUGUCAUUGUUAUUCUGUCAAUUUGUCUCGAUGACAAUUUUUUUUUUUACAGUUCAGUAGAUUAUGUUCAGGGAAAUUCACCCAACGACGUACGAUUUGAACGAGAUGAAUUCUAGUACUGGAGUGAUGAAGUUCUCAAUUUAAAAUCAAUGCCUUGAAAUCCAAUUCGAUUUCAAAAUUUUAUCUCUCCACUACUUAUUGAGCUGUUUUAAUAGUAUUAACAAUGAGGUUCGCGACUCUAAGCAGAACAUAAAUAAUUGUUCACGAUUCUGCAGGACGAGACCGAAGACAUCUAGUGUAAAUACGUCUAGGGUAAUAGUUAUCAGAAAUCCGUCAAAUCGUUUCAAAUUCAUUAAGCGUUAGAAUAGUAUCAGUGGAAAUAUUGCAUAAUAAGGCAUUGUAAACACGAAAAAUUCGUUGACGAUUUCUACUCAGUCAUUUUUUCUAUAACCAGAAAAAAAAAAGAAUUCCCCAUUCCGGCGAAUCAACUAUCAGUAGUAAUUAACUGAGUAUUAAUCGGCAGAACAAACAUAAUGUAUAAAUGGUUUCGUAAUUUUUACGCUAAUAAAAGUUAAGAGGAAGUUUAUUUUUCCUAAUCGAA